AAUCCCUUCCAUUCUCCUGGCAUUGGCGUGAUGGACUUGGCGGCUGCAGGAGAGGCUGGUGCGGCGGCGGGCAACGCGGCGCUCAAGCAGAUCCGCGAUGAGGUGGCCGAGAAGUGCCAGAAGCUCUUCCAGGACUUCCUCGAGGAGUUCCAGGACAGUGAUGGCGGACUUAAAUACUUGAGAGAUGCCGAGGAGUUGAUCCGCCCAGAGAGAAACACAUUAAUUGUAAGCUUUCAGGACCUGGAGCAGGCUAAUCAGCAGCUUGCGACCACCAUCCAGGAGGAGUUCUACAGAGUCUAUCCUUACUUAUGUCGAGCUGUAAGGACAUUUGCCAGAGACCACGGAAAUGUCCCUCCCAACAAGGACUUCUAUGUGGCUUUUCAAGACCUGCCUUCUAGGCACAAAAUCCGAGAAAUGACAUCGGCUCGCAUUGGCUCACUGAUGUGUAUUAGCGGGCAGGUGGUUCGCACCCACCCUGUCCACCCGGAGCUGGUAAGUGGGACCUUCCUGUGCCUGGAUUGCCAAACAGUGAUCAAAGAUGUGGAGCAACAGUUCAAGUACACACAGCCCAACAUCUGCAGAAACCCCGUCUGUGCCAAUAGGAAGCGAUUCCUUCUAGACACCAACAAGUCACGAUUCGUUGACUUUCAAAAGGUCCGUAUUCAGGAAACCCAGGCCGAACUCCCUCGGGGGAGCAUUCCUCGUUGUGUUGAGGUGAUCUUGCGUGCGGAAGCCGUGGAAUCAGCCCAGGCUGGGGACAAGUGUGACUUCACCGGUUCCCUCAUUGUGGUGCCUGAUGUGGCUCAGCUCUCCACCCCAGGUGUGAGGGCAGAAACUAGUUCUCGUGUGGCUGGGAAAGAAGGUUAUGAAACAGAAGGCAUCAGAGGACUUCGAGCACUGGGCGUUAGAGAGUUAUCCUAUAAGCUGGUCUUUCUAGCUUGUUAUGUUGCACCAACAAACCCACGGUUUGGUGGCAAAGAGCUACGAGAUGAGGAGCAGACUGCGGAAAGCAUUAAAAACCAGAUGACAGUAAAGGAGUGGGAAAAAGUGUUUGAAAUGAGCCAGGAUAAAAAUCUCUAUCACAACCUUUGCACCAGUCUCUUUCCUACCAUACAUGGUAAUGAUGAAGUUAAGCGAGGGGUCCUACUUAUGCUGUUUGGUGGGGUACCUAAGACAACCGCAGAAGAAACUUCCUUGCGUGGCGACAUCAAUGUCUGUGUUGUCGGCGAUCCAAGUACUGCCAAGAGUCAGUUCCUUAAGCACGUGGAGGAAUUCAGCCCCCGAGCCGUGUACACCAGCGGAAAGGCCUCCAGCGCUGCUGGCUUAACAGCAGCUGUCGUCAAGGAUGAAGAGUCCCAUGAAUUUGUCAUUGAAGCUGGAGCUCUGAUGUUGGCAGAUAAUGGAGUGUGCUGCAUUGAUGAAUUUGACAAAAUGGAAGUGAGAGAUCAAGUUGCCAUUCAUGAAGCAAUGGAGCAGCAGACCAUAUCCAUUACAAAAGCAGGAGUCAAGGCUACUUUAAAUGCCAGGACCUCCAUUUUGGCAGCAGCGAAUCCGAUCGGUGGGCGUUACGACAGAGCAAAGUCUUUGAAACAGAACAUAAACCUCUCCGCCCCCAUCAUGUCUCGAUUUGAUCUCUUCUUUAUUCUUGUGGAUGAAUGCAAUGAGGUCACAGACUACGCCAUCGCUAGGCGCAUCGUGGAUCUUCAUUCUAGGAUUGAAGAAUCCAUUGAUCGCAUUUAUACAUUAGAUGAUAUCCGAAGAUACCUUCUGUUUGCUAGGCAGUUCAAACCAAAGAUUUCUAAAGAGUCAGAAGAUUUUAUAGUUGAGCAGUACAAGCGGUUGCGCCAGCGGGACGGCUCUGGCAUUACGAAAUCUUCAUGGAGGAUCACAGUGCGACAGCUGGAGAGCAUGAUCCGACUUUCGGAAGCAAUGGCACGGAUGCACUGCUGUGAUGAGGUUCAUCCAAAACACGUGAAGGAAGCUUUCAGGUUAUUAAAUAAGUCUAUCAUCCGAGUUGAAACUCCAGAUAUCAACUUAGACCAAGAUGAGGAGGAGGAGGAGCAGCCCAUGGAAGUGCAUGAGGCCCAGGACGGAGUUGCAGGAAAUGGAGAACCCGUUACUGUCAAUGGUUUGGUGAAUGGUGUAACUGAUCAUGCAGAUGAUGGGGACAAGGAAUCAGCACACAAGGCUCCCUUAAGACUAAGUUUCCCCGAAUAUCGCAAAAUAUCCAACCUCCUUGUCAUGCAUCUGAGGAAAUCGGAAGAAGAAGAUGACGACGCCUCCUUAAAAAGAAGUGAGCUCAUCAACUGGUACUUGAAGGAAAUUGAGUCAGAGAUAGAUUCUGAAGAAGAGCUCAUCAAUAAAAAGAAGAUAAUAGAAAAAGUUAUCCAUCGCCUUACUCAUUAUGACCACAUUCUAAUUGAGCUCAGUCAGACAGGACUGAAGGAUUCGGAGGAAGGACAGAGCUUUGACGAGGACCCCUUUCUUGUAGUGAACCCUAACUACUUGCUGGAAGACUAGGAAGAAAUGCUGCAGAAUCAACGACAUGCUUACUAGAUGCCAUUCCUCAUCUUGUCACCUGAUGCUUGUCACCAUUGUAUAUAGUUGCCUAACCUGAAAAAACUCUGUCAGCGAAUUCACCCACCUGGUCUAUUUUUAAAUAAUCUUUUAUAUAGAUAAUAAUAUAGAUAAUAUUCUUUGCAAACAAGAGACCUGAUAAGAGAACUUUUUAAAAAGUGGCCGACUUGCAGCUUCUGUGUUUUACUAAAAAGAGAAGUACUUAAAUAAUUUUUCUGUAGUGCAAUAUUGUAGCUCUUUCUUCCAACUCUUUGUGUUAAAUAAAUAUUGUGUUAAAUAAAGCCUUAUCCCUGUA